AGGUAGAACAGAAAUACUGAGAUAGCAUUAGUAUUUGGAUUGCAGGCUUCUGCUGUGAUAACAUAUAGCGUUUGAAAAAGAUCCUAAGCAACGGACGAUCAGUGUCUGUCUUGAUUUUCGGAAAUUUAACGCUCAAAUAUCAAGCUGGCAGGCUGGGUGAACGUUCAGCAAGCAAACUUCUCCUCUUUCCAACCCCCCAGAACACGCGCGGUUAAUUCACUUCCGGUACUUCCCAUCGAGGCAGACACUUCGACUUUAGGCGCAGGUUCCCUGCUAGUAAGCUUUCAAUCGAAACCACCAGGCAUGUCCGCGUCACUCUUCACCAUCACUUCGAGUGAGGCGUCGAAACUCGUUCGAAAUCAGCGAAAGAGAGAUGACGACAGAUUCUGCUUCCUUCUCCAAGUGUCGUUUCAAUCGGUGUACAGCGACUCGCCGAUUCCUAACACGUGUAUGAAGAAAAUCCCCAGACUUUUGAAUGGCAUUCCACUGGGACCCGGCGUGAUGGCGCGUGAUCAGUUGGAUAGCAUACGGUGGCGCUAUAUAGAAGGGGGAACCAAGCUGCACACAUUUAUCUCGGUUCCGAUGUUCGAAGAGGAGGCGGAGGAGAGCAAACGGUCGCUCAGAGACAGUCUCAUGAGGCAGUCUCAAGCGGUGUUCGGUGAUAUAACCGUCAAGGCGUCUGUGAUACUGUCUCACUGCAUCAACUAUGAUGACGACAUCAUCCUCAACGACAUCGCCGUGCCUUUAGAAGAGGGUCUCCACUUCCGGGACUAGAUGGAACACUUGCGGUGAUCCUAAAAAGAAGCGGACCGCACGCUCCAUUCUAAAGGAGGGCAGAGCCGUCCACUCAUGGACAACUAGCUUGUGCAAUGAAUAGAGUCGUUUUUUGGCGCUUAUUAAGCUUGCUAAUUUAUACCUUGUAUGUUCCGGUUAUGGUGAGUUUUUUAACCAAACAUAAUAAAGUUUCUAAUAUUGAGAUAAAUCAUAGAUGGAUUUAAAAAAGUGAUGAAAAUAUAUUUAUGUUAUGGUAAGCAAGACUUACUUUUGAGUAAGUUCCAUUUAUAUAUAUGUAUAUAUGUAUUUACAUUCAUAUUUAGCAACUGUUAUUUUAUUUUUUGUUCAUUUUGUUUCGACUGCAUGAAUCGUUGAUUAACUAUUUUAGGAUUUCCAUGUUACUUUUAUGGGUUAUUCCAAAUACGUUUUUUACCCAAUACAUGUAUUAUGUUUCCUUGAAAUCAAGCAAGAAGGUGCAUUUAAGGUCGCAGUGGUGUAGUGGAUAUUGUUUCCGCCUAGCGAUCGGGAGGUCACGCGUUCGAUGCCCACUGUUGGAGCGUUUCUGAGAUUUCUUCUAUAGACACAUAAGUACUGGUUCUAGUCCCAGGAAACGGACUCGAGAGCGUUUCAAAUAAGCCUAGCUAAGGCUUUUUAUGCAAUCGACCUAAAAUAAAUAGGUUUAAACUAAAUCAACCAAGAGCGCCACCUGGCGCACUGUUUCAGAAGUUGGAAAUUGUUUUAGCAACAAUGUUUCUCCUCUUAACUAAGACAGUUUGUCUCUAAAGUUUCGAACUAAAUAAAAUGUACUAUUAUCUGUACGUGUGUUUUAUUUUUAAGCAUAUAAAUUAUACGUAUUCAGUAUUAUAUAGAGGUUGAAUGCAUUAUUUCCAGGUAAAACAUGCAUUGAUUUCGUGCCAAAUGUUCAUCGCAUGGGGCGGUUGGUUAUUAGUGGAGAAUGUAGCGCGCCCUGACAGAAAGUGUUGAAUAUGACGUUAGAUGGUGGGAGAUAUUUAUUGUACAGUCUCGUCUUUCAUGUAUUAUUUGACCGACAUCGCCUAAAUAUGUUAUGUUGUUAUUAUUGUUAGUAAAUCGUGUGGCGUGCCAAAAUAUAUUACAAAAUAAAAGGUGCCUUCUCAAUAAACAGGGAAGAAGCAUCAAACGUU